CUCAAAGAAGAGCGCGACUGUGUGGAGUAUUUUAGCCGUAGUGCACGGAAUUUAACUGUCAUUACUGCAUGGUUUUCUACCUAUUCGCAUAGUCCACAUCAGUUGUUCACCAGGUAAAUGAUAGCUCGCUCAAUGCAUUCUUGAGCGUGUUCGUUAUCUAAUCGGCAUGAACUCGAGACAGUCGGUCGUUGUGCCGCGAGAGCUUCCCGCUGCCUGGGACGCUGUAACUGCAGCGUUGGUGUCCCCGAUGUCCUCCGCCGCUCAGUCAGAGGAGUCCCUCUCCCACGCCAUAGCGUUGCUCUGCAGCCAAGGCCUGGGACAGUGCGUGGAGGGCUGGCUGCUGGAGACCAUGCAGGUGCGGCUGACCUCGGCCGUGGCGCCCGAGUUCUGGGCGGGGCUGGAACAGCCAGAAAACGAGCUGGAGGAGAGGGACCGGGCUAGGGUCCUGCUCCAGGCCUUCCGAACCCUCCUCGCCCGACUGGAGCCUUUCUUAGGGGGGCUGGAGCGGCUGGGGGCCUGGCAGGACGAGGGCCGGGGGGGCCUGUUCGGCGCGGGGACCCUCGGGCUGAGGGAGAGGGCCUUUUCCGUCACCCGGGCCAUCCUGCUGUUCUCCCCGUCGGCGGUGCUGCAGGACAGGGUGCUGGAGUUCUACAGCCGGACCCUGGCCGUGCACAUGAGCCGGGAGGGGGAGGGCGGCGACGGGGGGGGCGGCGAGGCGGCCCCGGGGCCCGACAGGGGCCUGUGCCCGGGCUGCGCCACCCCCCCGCAGCGGUGCUGGUGCCAGGAGGCCCUGGAGGAGCUGCAGGAGCUGAGCAAUACUGUGAGCAGGAGGGUGCAGGGUAGUGGGACUGAGCCAUACUGUGAGGGCCAGAGAGGGGGUGCAGGGGGAGUGGGGACUGAGCCACAUACUGUAGGCAGAGGAGAGGGGGCAGGGAUGGGGUGGGGACUGAGCCACAUACUCUCCAGGCUGCAGCUGCUGGAGAGGGUGAGUGCCGAGGCGGUGACCUCCAUCCUGCACAGGCUGGUGGCGCAGAGGAUGGAGUCGCGCUGCCGCGGGGAGUACGAGAUCUCCUUCCUGUCCGACUUCCAGGAGUGGCUGGAGCGGGUGUUGGGUUGGCUGAGCCGGGUGUUUGUGAGUGAGGCGGGGGGGCCGUGCGCUGGCGCGGAGCGGGGCAUCAUGGCGGACGGGCCUGGCUCCGGCGGCGUGGGGCGGGGCAUGAUGGAGGGGGCGGGGAAAGCUUCGCCUGGCGGCGGCGGCGGCGGCAGCGUGCUACAGCGCUGGCGCUGCCACAUGCAGCAGUUCUUCUGCAGGAUUUACGUCAACAUGAGGAUCGAGGAGCUCUUCAGCAUCAUCCGCGAUUUCCCAGAUUCAACGCCCGCUAUCGAGGACCUGAGGUUCUGUCUGGAGAGGACCAAUCAGAGACAGCAGCUUCUCACGUCCCUCAAGUCUGCCUUUGAAACAAGACUCCUUCACCCAGGGGUGCACACAUCUGACAUCAUCACGGUCUACAUCUCGGCCAUCAAGGCCCUUCGAGAGCUGGACCCGUCCAUGGUCAUCCUGCAGGUGGCCUGCCAGCCUAUUCGCAAGUACCUCAGGACGCGGGAGGACACCGUGCGGCAGAUCGUGGCCAGCCUGACCGGGGACGCGGAGGGCUGCAGUGACCUAGCCAAUGAGCUUUCACGCGCCGACCCCGUCACCCUGGAGACGCAGGACAGCGAGGACGAAGGCAGCGACCCUGAGGAGUGGACCCCAGACCCUACAGACGCGCUCACAGAUAAGACGGGCUCUAAGCGCCGCUCCUCUGACAUCAUCAGCCUGCUGGUCAGCAUAUACGGCAGUAAGGAGAUCUUCAUCGAUGAGUACCGCACCGUGCUGGCCGACCGGCUGCUGCACCAGCUCAACUACAACACCGCCAGGGAGAUUCGUAACGUUGAGCUGCUGAAGUUGCGGUUCGGGGAGUCCCACAUGCACUACUGUGAGGUCAUGCUGAAGGACGUGGCGGACUCCCGGAGGAUCAACACUAAUAUCCGGGAGGAGGAGGCGCGUCUCCCCGAGGAGGAGCAGCCUCCCCUGGCUCUGUCGGCCAUGAUCCUCUCCUCGGAGUUCUGGCCCCCGCUGAAGGAGGAGAAGAUGGAGCUCCCCCCAGUGGUGUGUCAGGCCAUGGAGGCGUACACCCAUCGCUACGAGAAGCUGAAGGCUAUGCGGACCCUGAGCUGGAAGCCCCACCUGGGUUCUGUGACUCUGGACAUUGAGCUGGGAGAUCGAACCCUGACCAACCUGUCUGUGUCUCCCAUCCACGCUGCCAUCAUUCUGCACUUUCAAGACAAGAGCUCCUGGUCGCUGGAGGAGCUGAGUGGGGUGCUGGGGGUGCCCCAGGAGGUGGUGCGGAGGAAGCUGGCUCUGUGGCAGCAGCAGGGGGUGCUGCGGGAGGAUGCGGGGGGGCGCUACUCGGUCCUGGAGACGGGCGCGCUGCGGGAGCGGCCGGAGCGGGGGGUGCUUCUGAUCGAUAGCGACGAGGAGGGCGACUCCAACACCACCACCCAGUCCGAGCAGAGAGAGGAGAAGCUGCAGCUGUUCUGGGCCUACAUCCAAGCCAUGCUGACCAACCUGGAGAGCAUGACCCUGGAGCGCAUCCACUCCAUGCUGCGCAUGUUCGGGGCCACUGGGCCCGUCCUCACCGAGAUGGACGUCAGCGAGCUGCAGGCCUUCCUGGAGAGGAAGGUGCGCGACCACCAGCUCAUCGUGUCAGCCGGGGUCUACAGGCUCCCCAAAUCCAACCACUGACAGGGAGAGAGAUGUGAGCAACGGGAAGUCUCCAGACUCUAAUCCAACCACUGACAGAGAGAGAGAUGUGAGCAACGGGAAGUCUCCAGACUCAAAUCCAACCACUGACAGAGAGAGAUAUGAGCAACGGGAAGUCUCCAGACUCAAAUCCAACCACUGACAGAGAGAGAGAUAUGAGCAACGGGAAGUCUCCAGACUUUAAUCCAGAUUUUGAGGGAUGAUUGUCCUGCACUUGGAAAAAUACCAUUUUUCGACGCAGGCCAAAUGUUCUGCUUGAGAUGAAUCUGGAUUCCCUAGAAACGCAGUGUAUACUGAUUACUGAGAGAGAAUCGGUGGGGCUAGCAGUAUCAGACGUGGUAAGAACAUAUUGAGGGGGAAACCCUGUCUAAUGUGAAGGUGCUGUAUAGGCAGAGGAGGGGGCUGUAGACUUCAGAUGUCACCAGUAACAGCUGUUCUUCUUCUGGUAUCCUGCACACUUUUGAACUGAACUCUCUUCAUGAGGUGUGACCCCCCUCCCUCCCCCCACCCUGUCGAGGCGCCCGUCUUAGUUUCAGUGUGUCCAAGAUGCCAUCUCACCUGUUUUUGGUGUGACCAUAAUGUUUACUUUUGACUUUUAUAAUAAAUUUCAAAAAGGGAACUGAAGCUUAUGUCAGACCUGUAUCUGAUCUUCCAGAAAGCAUGCUGAAUGUGUGUUCUUGAGAAUCAUUAAAAUAUGUCUGAGACUGUCAUGUGUUUAUAUUUUAAAAAGUCAUUAAAUAUAAUUUUACAACA